GAGAUUCAAAAGAUGUCCCGGGAUGAGACAGUGUGUAAAUACUGUGGAGUCAGCUAUUUGAUACUUCAUGAAUUUAAGGUGAUGGAAGAAAAAGUAAAAGCAAUGGAGAAGGAGAUUAAAUUUUAUGAAGGAAGUAUAGAACGGGAAAAAGGACUUCAAGCAGAACUGCAGUCUCUUUACCAAGACCUUGAACACUAUCGAGCUGACAAUGAAUCAAAAACAGAAAGAAUAAAAAACCUAACGGUGGAACUUAAAAACAAGCAAGAUGAAUUUAAAAGUGUGAAAGAUGAUUUGCGGUAUUUCCAAGAGGAAAAGGAAGCUGCCUAUAAGCAAUCGCAAGUGCUCAGAAAUACAGUGGAACACCAUUGCUCAACUCUGAACAAGGCUGUCUCACUGUUUCCUUUCAUUAGAAGUGAGCUAGACAGUAUUAAGGAAGUCAUCUCCAGUAACCUGGAGAACUGGGCUGCCAUGAAAGAAGAAAUUUUUCUACAAAUAAAAACUGUUAGUAAAGAAGCUUUGACAGAAAUACCCAAAUUGAAUCAAAGACUAGCAAAAUCCCAGAGAGAGAAUGAAUGCCUCCAAGAAAAGGUAAAACAUCUGACACUGGUGGCCGACACAGUUGAGCUGAAAACUCAACAGCUUCAAACUUCACUUCAGCAGGGGAAUGAGCUACAAAGUAGGUGCCGUGAAUUACAAAAGGAAACGUUAGAUUUAACAAAUCAAGUAGAGACAAUUGGACUGAAGCUGCAGAAAGUAACAGCCGAGAUGGACCACUACAAAAAGCUGUUAAUGGUGAAAUCAACGGAACUUGAUGUCUGUCAAAAUGAACUGAAAAAAAUGAAAUACGAAAAUGGAAUUUCUGAGUCAAGACUUACGAAAGAGCUCAAGGAAAAGGAGGAAUCUCUUCUAAUUUGCCAACAAGUAUGCAAACAUUUACAGGAAGAGGUGGCUGAGAGAGAAAGGAAAGAAGAUCUAAAAAGAAGAACUGGUCGAUCAGAAAGUGAGCUGGAAGCACUUAAAACUCUUCUUAGACAAACAGAGGAAGAGGUGGUGAUGUUGAAACAAGAAAGGGAGUUAAUGCUGAUUUCUCAUCAGAACAGAACAGAGCAGCUGCAGGAAACAUUAAGGCAGAAGAUGCGGAAUGAAGAUAACUGGAGGGAGAAGAUGGAAAUUGAUCUGGCUAAAGGUGAAGCACGACACAAAGAAGCAAUUCUUAAAGUCAAGGAAGAAGCUAGAGUGGAAUUAGACAUUGAAAGACAAAAACAGCAAGAACUAAUCACAAAAUAUCAGAGAGAUUACGAAGAGCUCCAGAAGAAGAUACCAGGAUUAAUAUCCAGUGCCACCAACAGCUUAAGGAUGGAGACAGAAAUUCUUGAAAAGAAGCUUCAAGAUGCCCAGAUCAAACUUGCAGAGAAAGAUGAAGAUAAGGAAAAAGAAAUUCAGAGCCUUAAAAGACUAAUUACUGAACUUGAAUUUCAGCUGACAAUGGAAAAGAACAAUAAUGAAUCAUUUCUGGAUAAUAUGAGGAAAGAAAUUAAACACAAGUCAGAUGAACUGGAAAAAUUAACCCAGGAGAGGACACAGCUGAUUCACAAUUUGAGCCAAGUUCAAGAGGAGAACACUCUUCUCCAGGAAACGGUGCGCAGAGAGUGUGAGGAACGCUAUGAGCUGACUGCAGCUUUGACUCAAGCCAGGGAACAAGUACUGGAACUAAAAAAGCUCAGUGGAAACUUCCCGUUAUCGCUGUGUUCCCUGACUCAGGGCAGCCUAACCUCCUCUGCUGCCCUGCUCGCUGAUUACGGGCAGAAAAGCCGCACAAGCCCCAGCGCUGGGAAGGAAAUCAAUCUCUCCGGACAGUUUGGUAUUUCAAGAGCUGCUAAGCAAAGCGGCUUCGCUGAAUGA